AUGGAGAAAGGUGACUAUGCGGCUGCCGUCGCGGCCUUGAACACGCUGCAGUCCAACUUUUCCAUUGUCGACGCCAUCCGCAAGUCUGGCCGAGGCAUGAACAAGCAGGCGAUACCAGAGAUGCUCGAGUGGUGUCGCAAGCUUGGAUAUGAGCCCUCUGAGUUCGAUCGUCUGAAGCCAAUUCACAUUGCGGGAACCAAGGGAAAGGGCUCCACGAGUGCUUUCAUAUCUUCAAUCUUGUCGCAAUACGCAUCCUCAGCCGACGCCCAAACGCCCCCCUCGAAGAUCGGACUGUAUACCUCGCCGCACCUGCGAUCUGUUCGUGAGCGCAUCCAGAUCAACAAUGAGCCCAUAUCAGAGUCAGAUUUUGCAAAGUACUUCUUCGAGGUAUGGGACCGGCUAGAGGCAGCAUCCAAGGCUGAGGACGCGCCAGGAGACGUUCCCACAAAGCCCGUCUACUUCCGCUACUUGACGCUCAUGGCCCUGCACGCAUAUCUGAAAGAGGGUGUAGACAGUGCAGUCAUCGAGUGCGGAAUUGGCGGCGAGUAUGAUAGCACCAAUAUCUUGACCAAGCCUACUGUUACCGCCGUCACGAGUUUGGGAAUAGAUCACACAGCCAUGCUGGGCACCACGCUUCCUGAAAUUGCCUGGCACAAGGCGGGAAUCUUCAAGAAAGGUAGCGUCGCCUUUACAGCGCCGCAAAAGGACGAGGCUAUGGCGGUUCUACGAGAGAGGGCUGCUGAGAAAGGCACAACUCUGCACACCAUCGACAUACAUCCUGCUUUGGCCAACAACGAGGUCAAGUUGGGGCUGGGUGCAGUCUUCCAAAAGAUCAACGCCUCUGUAGCCAUUGCAGCAGCAGCGGCGCAUCUCCGCGCACUCGGUCAUUCCACCGUACCGGAUCCGACUGCGGUUCCACAUAUCAGGCUUCCAUCGGAGUUCGUCCGCGGACUUGAGCAGGUCCGCUGGGCUGGUAGGUGCGAAAUUCGACGUGAAACGAAUGUUGCAUGGCACAUCGACGGCGGUCAUACCAUGGAAAGCAUAGAGGUCACUGGCCAGUGGUUUGCUGAGCAGAUGGCAACUGCCGCAACGUCGCAGUCCAAGGUUCCCCGCAUCUUGAUCUUCAACCAGCAGACCAGAGACGCAGGCGCACUCGCCAAGGGCCUGUAUGCAGCUUUGCAAGCCGGUGUAACGUCCGGGCCGCAAUCACCCUUCACACAUGUCAUCUUCACAACAAAUCAGACAUUCAGCGAGGGUUACAAGCCUGAUCUUGUAUCCAUCAAUACGAAUCAACAAGAUGUAGAUACUUUGGCAGUGCAGAAGGCGCUUGCCAAGACAUGGACGGAGAUUGACAGUACAGCAGAAGUCCACGUGCUGCGUACAAUCGAAGAGGCAAUCGGAACCGCAAGAGGCGUGGCCCGAGACUAUGCGAAAGAUGCUGGUCACGAGACAGAAGUCAUGGUGUUGGUCACUGGAAGCUUGCACCUCGUUGGGGGUGCGCUCGAAGUUCUAGAGACGCAGGCCACGCAGUAAAAAUUGAUACCCACGGAUAGCAAUGUAGUGAAAGCGCUUCAACAUGCGCUAACCUUUUCAAGGCGACCAAUGCAAAAUUAGAUCUAUGGCU